GUUCUCGUAUUUGAUUGUUCUAGAAGUUGUUGAACAUCUCUCUUCAAAGCAGUCAUACCAAAGCAUGGAACGUAUUGUGCGGAGCCCCUUUUCACUCUUGACAAGUACCCGACGGACCAGGUACACAUUCUUAUUAAACCCAUCUUCGGCUAAAAACAUCCUACUUCAUCAAAGAAAUCAAUUUUAUACUACGAAUAUACGCAUAAACAACAUUCGUCAAAUCAACUACAAGUCGUUGCAAUCUUCAGUCGGGAUGCCUCUCAACGUCCUCAUUGUAGGCGCAGGUGUUGCGGGCCCAGCUCUUGCUAUUCUCCUGCAGAAAUCGGAUCCCAAUAACAAAAUCACGGUAGUUGAGCGCUCCCCUUCGCUUCGAGUGGCAGGUCAGCAGAUAGAUCUAAAAGCCCAAGGCGUCGAAAUCCUCCGGAAAAUGGGGCUCUUGGACACCAUGAAGUCUCAUUGUGUAAACGAAACGGGAGUCGAAAUCUUAGAUUCGAACGGGAAGCAGCAAGCAUUCUUCGGCAUCAAUCCAUCUGGCCAAAGGCGGCUUACUCUGACAGCGGAAUACGAGAUCAUGCGUGGUGACGCAGUAAAGGUUCUAUACGAGGCUAGCCUCAAACAAAAUGCGGGACUCAAAGAAGAGCGAGGAAAAGAGGGAGAACUGACCUACGAAUUCGACAAGACGAUCACAGAUCUCACUCAGCAUGGCGAUGGCGUGGAUGUCACAUUCUCGGAUGGGCAGAAGAAACGGUUUGAUCUCGUCGUCGCUGCAGAUGGACAGGGGUCGCGAACUAGGCGUCUCGCCUUCGGUCAGGAGGUCAGCGACGCAGCCUUCAAGCCCCUCGGAGUCCAUGCCGCCUAUUACAGCAUUCCCCGCAGCGAAGGAGAAGGGGAGCUUGCGAGAGCCUACAGCGCUCCAGGGAGAAGAUUGGUGGUGACAAGAACGAGCGGCCGUCCGAUGACCCAAGUGCUGCUCUUCACCAUGGGAGACGGGGAGAAGCUUCGGAAGUCGUACAAGGAAUCGGUAGAAAAGCAAAAGGAAGCUUUCGCGGAAACGUACAGGGGCGCUGGCUGGGAGGUCGACCGAUUACUAAGCGGAAUGGCUACCUGUACUGAUUUUUACGCGCACGAGGUAGGGCAAGUCAGGAUGGAUCGGUGGUAUAAGGGCCGGGUCGCGCUGCUUGGAGAUGCAGGUUACUGCCCGAGUCCUUUUACGGGCAUGGGGACCACGGGAUGUCUCAUAGGCGCGUACGUGCUCGCGGGAGAAUUGGCUCGGCGCAACAACGAUGUGCCGCAAGCGCUCAAGGCAUAUGAGGAGAUAGCGCGGCCUCCGAUCAACGAAUGCCAAGCUCUACCUACAGAAUCUUUGGGUACGUUCUUCCCGUCUUCAAGAUUAGGGAUUUGGGUCCUGCGGAAGUUUCUCUGGGUUGUAUCCAAGGUCGAGCCGAUCACUUAUAAGCCGCAGACUGAGGAGAAUCAAGGGUGGAAAGUCCCAGAGUAUCCCGAGUUGAAUCUCAAAUCGUGAUCCAGACAUCAUAUCGUUGGGUUAUGCCGAAAACCGAAUAAGAUUUAUCCUUCCGUUAUUACCUUGUAUUAAUUUAUUACUUCUCCUUUAUAUCAGAAAGUUAAACGACUCGAACAUCAAUACCCACUACAAUCUCCACAACUGUCAAUCCGUAGAGAGCUGGACUU